AUCACAAUUUGACCAAAACACAAACUUUGACAUUUGAAGCUAACUACGGUAACCAUGACGAUCGUUCUGUCUUGCGCUGUUGUGUUGGCCUGUCUAGCCCUAGUCAACGGGGAAAAUUGCCAAUCAUCGGGCGACUGCAGUCACGUGACCUGCCCGAAUAACGACUGGAUAGUGGCGUGUUCUCAGGGACAGUGCACUUGUAAUCACCCAACCGCAUCUUGUAGCAGUGCCCAGGAGUGCCACCACAUACUACAUGGCUGUCACCGCGACUUACAUUGCGUAGACGGCCAAUGCGCGUGCGGCGGAUUUGGUGGUCCCGGCGGACCAGGAGGUCCACAAUAA